GAGAGGAAGAAUGGGAGGAGCAAUGAAAAAAACAGAAGCAGAGCACAAAGAAAAACAUUCAGUGAAGCAGCUGCACAGUUUGGGUGUCUGAUAAAGGAAGUACACAGAGUUGUUGCAUUUUGUGUGUGGAGUGGGCUUCUGUGCAUUUUGAUUUACUUUUGAACAGUGUGCGAACCUUAAUAUUAUUAUCUUCAACAUGGAUGCCUUUCAAUCUGUGCUGAGGUUUGUAAUGAAUCAGAAAUCUACAAUAGGAUACAGUUUCAUGGCUAUCUUGACAAUUGGGGGUGAGCGUAUCUUUUCUAUGGUUUCCUUCCAGUGUCCGUGCAACAGAAGCCAAAAUUUUUUCUAUGGCCUGACUUUCCUUCUAAGCCCAGCUUUUGUUUUAUUAGUUCUUGGGUACUUUUUCAGUACGAGAAUGUGGAGACUCUUCACUGGGUGUUGCCUCAACCCUCUGAAACUGUGUCCCAGAGGCAACUGCUUGGGCUGUGUGAAAGUCUUCAUCCGAAUCUCCGUGGGGGCUUGUGUGGCUCCUGUGAUGUGGCUUUCCGUGGCUCUGCUGAACGGGACAUUCUAUGAAUGUGCGGUGAGUGGUCUGGAAUCCAAUGAAGUAGUCAACCUUUUCUGUAAGAAUAAAACGUACAAAUGCAAGAUGGAGUUGCCGCGAGUACCCUGUGGGAAAUCUAACCUGCCCAAAGAAGACAAUCAGGAGCUUUUGCUGAUGCUGCGUGCACAAUCUCAGAUUCUAGGGUGGUGUAUCAUUAUUUGUGCUGCAACGGCCGGAUUGAUUGGUAUCUGCUGUAAUAACUGUCGAUCUCAAGUGAGCUACUUACAGCUCACCUUCUGGAGAAGGUACAUUGAGAAGGAAAAGGAACAGUUUGAACACUAUGCCGAAGAUUACGCAACCAAGCUGGCCAACAGAAAUCUGAAGAGCUUCUUUGAAAACCGAGAUCCUGAGGCAUUCCCUUUCCCAGAUCACACUGCCUGGGAAGAAAUUUCAAAACUGUACACCUUCUCUACAAGUGAGCAGUACUACAGCACCUUGCAGAGGUAUGUAGAUCGUGCAGAGAGGGACCAUACAGAUGAAAGAAAACCAGUUUUGGCUUUUGAAGAAGAAAUAGAAAUGUCCUAAGGAGAUGGAAGUUCCCUCUCCAUAAAGCAUCGUAAGCCUUUUUUUAUUCAUUGAAUGUACAGUCAUUGUUAAAGACUACAGAACACAAACUCUGUUAUAAAGUUCCAUUAUUUACAAUUCAGAACUGUAAUAGUAUGAAUUCCUGCUCUCUAAAAAUAUUUUUUAUUUCAAUUUUCUUUGUGUAUUUUAUUUUAUUUUUUAUUAUUUCAAUUUUAUUUCUAAAUUGAAUUGAAGGACUGUGUUGUUUUUGUAACACCCCAUACUAAUCCGAAUAAUAACAAUCCAUGUUAAGCCAAGCUAGUGUGCACCACAUCUGUAGCGCAAAUGGUAAUGGCAAAGGCUGUGGAUUUUUUUUCACAAGAUAUCAAAGUCAGUCCCGUACGAACUAUGUAUUAUUGCUUUUGAAUUGUCAAUGUAGAGAUUAUUCUUUCUUAAGUUUUGUCAAUGCAAUUCUGUUUUUGACCAGAAUUAUUAACAAACUCUAAAAUAUAUUUUUGUCAAACA